UUUCACGGGAAAAUUUUUUAAAUUGUCACAAACUAAUUUACAAACAAAACAAAGUCCUUUCAGUAAAAUUUCUGAGUUUCAAAGUAAUCAAAGUGAGUUUGGGAAAUGUUGUUUUAGUAGCUUAAACUUCUAAGGAAUGAGUUCAGUUCCUUAUGCCGAUUUGGGUGAAGCUAGCGAAAAUAGAUCUGGUUCGCCUACUCGUGAUCACUCAGAUGACGAUGAAAUAAAUGAGAAGGGAGAUAUAGGUGUUACUCGUGUCAGUGACAAUGUCUACGCUUCGUAUCAGAAGAGUGAUUUCAAGUCGAAUAAAGGACGAAAUGAGUUAAAACGAAGCAAACAAAGUGAAAAUGACGAUACUCAUGUAAAUGUUAACACAACUCCUAGAAGGAGACAUACACGCUCACAAAGGUGGUACCAUCAUCCAAAGGUACGUGAAAACUGGAAGACAGUGGCUGGGGCUUUGUUCUUACUGGUUAUUGGGAUGUCAUUUCUCAUUUGUGGUAUUGUUUUGUCGGCAAUUCCCAAACACGAUGGUCCGAAAGCAGUGAUAUUUUUUGUGUGUGCUGCAGUUUGCAUUUUGCCAGGAGGUUACCAUACAGUAUACAUCUAUCGUGCAACGAAAGGAUGGAGAGGAUAUACUUUUGAAAGUUUACCAAGCUUCAGGUGAUGGGACAAUGCUUAGAAAUGUACUUAAAAUUUUUGUUGUAUACUUUCCAUUACAGAAGAUAUUUAUUAUACACAAUGAACUCUUCAUCCUCAUAUCAUGUGUAGAAAUUUUGCAAUAGUUAAAUAUAUGAUAGUAAAUAAAUUGUAUAAACAUAUCAUUGACUGGCGUGUGUCUAAUAUAUUAACAAUUUUAUGAAAUAUACAAUAUAAAAACUUUA